AUGCACCUCAAGAAUGGCGACGACAGAAACCCUCUCACUGGGAAAAAAUAUAGUGAAAGAUAUUAUGACAUACUACAAGUAAGAAAAAAAUUACCCAUUUAUGAGGCCAAACAGAGUAUUCAAAAACUUAUCCAUCGGUAUCAAACAAUCCUUCUUGUUGGUGAAACUGGUAGUGGGAAAACAACCCAGGUUCCUCAGUUUGUGCUCGAAAUGAAUCCAGAAUACGGUAUCGCCUGCACGCAACCGCGCCGAGUUGCGGCUACUAGUGUAUCGGAACGUGUUGCUGAUGAAAUGGAUGUUAAUCUGGGUGAAGAGGUCGGCUACUCAAUCCGCUUUGAUGACAUGAGUUCUGCGAAAACUCGCUUGAAGUAUCUUACAGAUGGUAUGUUACUUCGUGAAGCUAUGAUCGAUCCCCUUCUGGGUAAGUACAGCGUAAUUGUUUUAGAUGAAGCUCAUGAACGCACAGUUUCAACAGAUAUUUUGAUCGGUGUUAUAAAACAGUUAUUACCCAAACGACCAGAUCUUCGUGUCAUUGUUAUGUCUGCUACUCUAGAGGAAAAACGCUUUCAACAAUAUUUUCCAGAAGCUCCGCUUGUUCACGUAUCAGGGCGUAUGUUUGGUGUAAAGAUGUACUACUCUCGUGCUCCAGAAGCUAAUUACGUGGAGGCUGCUAUUCGGACUGCAACACAAAUUCACCUUUACGAAGGUGAGGGCGAUAUUCUGAUUUUUUUAACCGGCGAAGAUGAAAUUGAAACUACUGUGGAAAGACUUCAAAACGGUAUACAAAUGGCAGAACACAGUAGUGCCAAUUGUCACCGCGGACCCGUUAACGUUCUGCCCCUGUAUUCUGCACUUCCACCAUCACAACAGCGGAAAGUUUUUCUCCCUAAUUCCAAGGGCACGAGAAAAAUCGUUGUUGCGACAAAUGUUGCUGAAACUUCCUUGACCAUUGAUGGUAUAGUAUUCGUGAUUGAUUGUGGAUUCUCCAAACAAAAAGUGUUUAAUCCCAAAUUGCGCGUUGAAUCUCUCCUUGUUACUCCAAUAAGCCAAGCAAGUGCUCAACAACGCUCAGGAAGAGCGGGGCGUACAAAGCCUGGAAAAUGCUUUCGGCUUUAUACUGUUAAAUCCUUUGAAACUGCGCUGCUGCCAAAUACCUAUCCAGAAAUUUUGCGCUGCAAUUUAGGUUCCAUUGUACUUAAUAUGAAAAAAAUGGGAAUUGAAGAUCUAGUUAACUUCGACUUUGUAGAACCACCAGCGCCGGAAACGCUAAUGCGAGCACUUGAACUGCUCAAUUAUAUUGGCGCAUUAGAUGACGAUGGAAACUUAACUUUGAUUGGGAACCAAAUUUCAGAGUUUCCAGUAGAUCCUGAAAUGGCAUCGAUGCUCUAUAACAGUCCGGAAUACGGAUGUUCCGAUGAUAUUGCACGCAUAUCUGCCAUGCUGUCAGUGCAAAAUCCAUUUGUUACACCCUCUAAUAACCAACGAGGGUAUGCACUGAGUUCUAGAGACCAGUUCUAUCAUCAAACUGGUGAUCACUUGGCGCUUCUCAAUGUCUUUAAUAGCUAUUAUGAGCGAAAUCGACAAAACCCCACAUGGUGUAAGGAAAAUUAUCUAAACCCUCGAGUAAUGAAGCAGGCAGUAAAUAUUUAUCACCAGCUUUCUAGCAUCAUGAAAAGGAUAGGCCUUAAUAUUUGUAGCACUUACACCUCAGAAUGGAGAAAAGUAUCGAACGACGCAACUGACAAAAAUAUGAACCUUGAGUUUGCCAAUGAAAUUCGUAGAGCAAUUGUAAAGGGAUACUUUACAAAAAUAGCUCUCUCUCUUCCGACCAAACAUCAGUUUAUCACCUUGAAGGAUGACGUUAAGUGCAUGCUUUUUCCUUCAACUUUUCUCAAUCGGCGGCCUAAAUUUGUUGUUUUUAACGAACUUGUAUUAACAUCCAAUACAUAUAUUCGAACGGUGACAUCAGUGUCCGAAGAUUGGCUUUUAGAAGCAAAUCCUUCAUAUUUUGCCCAAGAUUCAUUCGAAGGUAUAUCCAAACAAGUUUUCGAUGAAAUAUAUCGACGUCAAAAAGAUACACAUCCUAACAGCGCAAAGCGCUCUCGCCCGACUGAUAACGUCGACUAA